GGAGCCUAGAGGGUCGGAGGUGGGAGGUGCACAACCGGGCUCCGGGAACCCCUCCCGAGUCCCUGCGCCCUGCGCCCUGCGGGAGGGCUGAGCCGGGACUCCAGGCGAGCAGGUGCGGAGGGAGCAGAGGGGACCACGGCCGAGGGUAGAAGCAAGUCCUGCAGGGAGAGGCGCUGCUGCUCCAGCUGCUGCCUCAGCGGCAGCCACCACCGAGCCGGCGCCCAGAGCAGGGCUGGCAGGCCGGGCGCAGAGCUGAGGCGAGCGAGGGGCGCGCUCAUGGAGCACACGCACGCCCACCUCGUAGCCAACAGCUCGCUGUCCUGGUCCCCCGGCUGGGCCUGCGGCUUGGGCUUCGUGCCCGUGGUCUACUACAGCCUCUUGUUGUGCCUCGGUUUACCAGCAAAUAUCCUAACCGUGAUCAUCCUCUCUCAGCUGGUGGCCAGGAGACAGAAGUCCUCCUACAACUAUCUCUUGGCACUUGCUGCUGCUGACAUCUUGGUCCUCUUUUUCAUUGUGUUCGUGGACUUCCUGUUGGAAGAUUUCAUCUUGAACAUGCAGAUGCCUCAGGUUCCCGACAAGAUCAUAGAAGUGCUGGAAUUCUCAUCCAUCCACACCUCAAUUUGGAUUACUGUGCCAUUAACCAUUGACCGGUAUAUUGCGGUCUGCCACCCGCUCAAGUACCACAUGGUCUCCUACCCAGCCCGCACCCGGAAAGUCAUUGUAAGUGUUUAUGUCACCUGCUUCCUGACCAGCAUCCCCUACUACUGGUGGCCCAACAUCUGGACUGAAGACUACAUCAGCACCUCCGUGCACCAUGUCCUUAUCUGGAUUCACUGCUUCACUGUGUACUUGGUGCCCUGUUCCAUCUUCUUCAUAUUGAACUCAAUCAUUGUAUACAAGCUCAGGCGGAAGAGCAAUUUUCGCCUCCGUGGCUACUCCACAGGGAAAACCACUGCCAUCUUGUUUACCAUUACCUCCAUCUUUGCCACACUCUGGGCCCCACGUAUCAUCAUGAUCCUCUACCACCUGUAUGGGGCACCCAUCCAGAACCGCUGGCUGAUGCACGUUAUGUCCGACAUUGCCAACAUGCUGGCCCUUCUGAACACGGCGAUCAACUUCUUCCUCUAUUGCUUCAUCAGCAAGCGGUUCCGCAAAAUGGCGGCCGCUACCCUCAAGGCCUUCUUCAAGUGCCAGAAGCAACCAAUACAGUUCUACACCAACCAUAACUUUUCCAUAACAAGUAGCCCUUGGAUCUCGCCGGCCAACUCACACUGUAUAAAGAUGCUGGUGUACCAGUAUGACAAAAAUGGAAAACCUAUAAAGGUAUCCCCAUGACCUCAUAGGUUUGGCACCUCGUGUCUCUGCAUAAUCCAUUUCCAGAUGGGAAUGUGGCCCAUCCUAUGGCUGAACAGCUCUCCUUAAGAGUGCUAACCUGAUUUCCUGUCUCCACAGAUUGAGCAACUCUCAGACUGGUAGAUGAGGAAAGAUGGAGGAGAAGAAAGAAAAGCAUGAAUCUUGUUUUCAUUUAUGCAUUCAUUUCUACAAGUCAUGCUGACAGCAGAAGUCCCUACCAGUUUGAAGAUGUCAUUGGAGGUUGUGUCAUUAUCCUGUGGCCUGUAAGGACACACAGUAGAGAAAUAGUCUAUGACUUAGCCUUG